GAUGCAGACACCAGCUGAGUCCAUCCUCCACAGUGGCUAUUUCCACCCAACACUCCGAUACUGGCAGACCUGUGCUGCGCACUUAACACCUGACAAUCUUAUCUACCCAAUCUUCAUCACAGACAGUGAAGAUGCAGUGGAGCCCAUUGGCAGCCUGCCAGGACAGGCGAGGUACGGAGUUAACAAAGUAGAGGGCAUGUUGAAGCCGCUUGUGGAGAACGGAUUGAAGUGUGUGCUGAUUUUUGGCGUCCCUGCCAAAAUCGAAAAGGAUGAGAGAGGUUCAGGUGCUGACACAGAUGACACGCCGGCUGUCCUGGCGGUAAAGAAGAUCAGGUCUUUUCCGGAGCUGCUGGUGGCGUGUGAUGUCUGCUUAUGUCCCUACACAUCACAUGGUCACUGUGGUAAGUAUCUGAACGAUGACGGUACUCUGAACAAUGACGCCAGCUGCCUGCGCCUGGCAGAAGUUGCAGUUUCCUACGCCAGAGCUGGCUGUCACAUCAUCGCUCCCUCUGAUAUGAUGGAUGGAAGAGUCAGAGCCAUAAAACAAGCUCUUAUAUCCAAUGGUUUGGGAAACAAGGCUUCAGUGCUGAGCUACAGUGCAAAGUUUGCCUCCUGUUAUUACGGUCCUUUCAGAGACGCUGCACAGUCCAAACCUGCGUUUGGGGACAGACGCUGCUACCAGCUGCCUCCUGGAGCCAGAGGACUCGCCCUUCGUGCUGUUGAACGAGAUGUGAGAGAGGGAGCUGACAUGCUGAUGGUGAAACCAGGUCUGCCGUAUCUGGACAUUGUGAGAGAAGUCAAAGACAAGUUCCCCACUCACCCGUUGGCGGUGUACAACGUGUCAGGGGAGUUCGCCAUGAUGUGGCAUGGAGCUCAGGCUGGAGCGUUCGACCUGCGAGCUGCUGUGAUGGAGGCCAUGACUGCUUUCCGCAGAGCAGGUGCUGACAUCAUCAUCACCUAUUACACCCCUCAGCUGCUCGGCUGGCUGAAGGAGUGACAGACGAUUAUCUGAAGCCAAAGGACGGACUGACGGAACCAACAGACGCACCAACAGACGGACCUACAGACAGACUUUCAAAGAAAAACCUGCUGUUGUCUCAGUCAAGCUAACAUACAGCACUAAGGGGAACAAAGGUAUGAGGAGAAGAAAUAGAACACUUUAUCAAGAGGCCUUUAUUGGACUUUAUCAGUUCACCAAUGCUUAUCAGUUAUUAUUUUUAAAUAGAGUUAUGUAUCUGAGUUAUAUGUAGUGUGAUAAGCUUUUAAAGGGCUAACGUGGAGCUGAACACUGACAAUGUAAAUGUAGACAAUCUUGUAGGUGUUUUCCAGGAGGAGUGUAUCCUGUGUCAUUGGGAGCAGUUUAUAAAGUCCAGUGAUCUCCUUGAACUAAUAUGAUCAUGGGAAUGUAUAUUCAUAUCCGUUACAGCCAAAUAAACUUCUGAUACUCGUGUUGCUUGUGUACGAGCUUAAGCUUAGUACUGCCUCUCCUAACAAGCUAUUAUUGACGAGAGGAAAUAAAGUAAUUCAUUCAACCACA